GCGCGACCGUGCCCGGGGGGCUGAGGGAGGGGGAGGCCGGGCCCGCGGGGCGGUGCUGCUGAGGGGCGGGGGGCGGUGGCAGCAGCCGGAUACUUAGUGGCAGCUGGGGGGCAGAGCCCGAUGCCUCAGACCCAUGCCUCUGCCUGGUGCUCCGGCUCCUCCGCUCGCCAUGGGCUCGGCUCCGCCCGUCUUCAUCGGCUGCGAGGAGGUAGAGAAGCACCUGCACCGCGCCAGCCUCCUGCUGCCGGCGCUGGAGGCCGCCCUGGGCAACUUCUCGGCCGGAGCGCCGGGGGGCGUCGUGCAGCCCGUGCGCGCCGUGGUGCCGGUGCGGCCUCACGGCGGGUACCUGGGAGUUAUGCCUGCUUACAGCGCCGCAGACGAUGCUCUGACAACCAAGCUGGUGACUUUUUAUGAGCACAAGAAAGAUUCCUCUGUUCCCUCUCACCAAGCGACUGUCCUCUUGUUUGACCCAACCAACGGCUCUUUAAAAGCUGUUCUAGAUGGCAGUGUCAUUACAGCAAAACGAACUGCAGCAGUUUCUGCAAUAGCUACCAAGUUGUUAAUGCCAGCUUUUGCAGAAGUGCUGUGCAUUUUGGGAGCUGGUGUUCAAGCAUAUAGCCAUUAUGAAAUCUUCAUGGAGCUGUUUACAUUUAAAGAGGUCAGGAUAUGGAAUCGCACAAAAGAGAAUGCAGUGAAGUUUGCUAACUCAGUUAAUGGUCCGGUGCAGGUCUGCUCUUCUGCUCAGGAGGCAGUUACAGGGGCUGAUGUGAUUAUAACAGUCACCAUGGCAACAACACCAAUUUUAUUUGGAGAGUGGGUAAAACCAGGUGCCCAUAUCAACGCUGUUGGAGCAAGCAGACCAGACUGGCGAGAACUGGAUGAUGAACUGAUGAACAAUUCUGUUCUGUUUGUGGAUUCCAGAGAGGCUGCUCUUACUGAAUCAGGAGAUGUUAUAUUAUCAAAGGCGGAGAUUUUUGCUGAGCUUGGAGAGGUACUGAAGGGUACCAAACCAGCCCUGCCUGAGAAAACAACAGUCUUUAAAUCACUGGGGAUGGCGGUUGAAGAUACAGUAGCAGCAAAAUUUGUUUAUGAUUCCUGGUCAGCUGCUAACUAAAGACAGAAGUCUACAAUGCCAACGAGGCCAUAAAAUAUGAAGAAAAUCAUUUGCACUUAGUUUCCUUGGAUUUUUUGCUAACAAGAAAGGCAGCAAUCCUGUUUGAAUGCAGCCCUUUUGCAGCUUUCAAGAAUGAAAAGUAAAAUGUCAAGUGUUUUCCAAUGACAAGUGUUAGAUACCUGCAGUAUUACUAGUAAAUGUAUCUCAUGUAAAUGGCAAGUGUUAGAUAUUUGCAUUGACACUAACAGGUAUUUAUGUAUUUUGGUAUAAUUCUGGAAUCAGUGCAUUUCCUCCUUAAUUAUUUGUGUAGCAGGAAUCUGGGGGUAGAUUUCAUAUUUCCAGAGGGGUAAUUCUUACUGGGUAGAAGACAGCAGUUCAGAGAAGAGAGUGAUGUUUGUGUUGGUACUUCAAAUAGCACUGUGGUUUCGGUACUACACGGGCAGUUACCUCGUUUUCAGUCUCCCCUGGGGACACAGCCCACCCAGGCUCAAGUACGCAUCUUCCCUUCCAGCUCAGGCUGGGGUCUAGAAGUCACCAUCCUUACUUUCAGCCCCUGACAGCCCUCACUUCCUGCCCUCAGACCCAAUUGAUUUCCAUUUAAGAGCACACUCCUGAGUGGGACUUUUGUAUAAAGAGUGAUGCCUUCCCUAUGGUUAGAUGUGUUUCCAUAAAAGACCUGGCUCAGGAAGGCUCAAAGAAUGCAAAAUCGGAGCUACUAUUAUGUACAUUUUAACUGGGAGGAAACUAUAUGCAGUACCUUUUUUAGUACAUUCCUGUUUGGAGUUUUGCAAUUUUCUUGUUGCAAGGAGUCAUCCAAAAUGUGAGCACUAAAAAUGUUUUUUGACUUAACUUUAAUCUGUAUUCUCUUGGGAGAUUUUCCUGUUAAUCUAUAGUGUUUGUAAGUUCUUUUCUAAGUUUCUUGAAGGUUGAAACAAUGCUGAGUUCAGUGGGAUAAACUUCAAGUAUACAGGCAAAUAUUUUCAGCUUGGCUGUACCAUGCAUCAUUUGGUAAUUGUUCUUUCAUGCCAGUGGGUAUUUGCUGGAGCAGGAAUUUAAAUGAUCCUUUCUUGACAGAGGAGCCCAGGGGUGUUCUACAGAAGAAGUUCCAGUUUUGUGCUGUUAUGCAACUGCCUUACAAAAGAUUGAGCAUCUGCUGAAAAAUAGCCAUUGCCCUGGAAACAAAUUCUUGUCUCGAGCCAGAGCUGUGCCUUGUGAAAUUUUAUUUCCUCUUGCAUAUUAUUUCAUGUAGGCUAUUUCUUCGUCCUGUAGAAGGAUUAGAUGACAUAGAAUAAAUGGAGCAAGAGGAAGGAGGUUCAGAAGCAGUUAGUGUUAAAGCCUCUGAUGGUGCAUAAGUAAGUGUAGAAGAUGUUAAUGAGUACAGUGCAGGUGUGGCGUAAGUAAUACUCCAAAUUAUAAGCUUGGUGUAAAUUAGUUGGAAAAAGCUAGUAAGUGGCAGAGUUUAUAAUGUGUACAAUUUCAGCAUGGAAGGAUACCAGGCCAGUAAGUGAAUGGGGCCAAAGGAUGUGUUCAGGAGGAUAAAAAUUUAACUCCACUGAUCUUGUUUAUAUCAGUGGAAACAAGAACAGAUAUUUCUCUACUACCUUUUACACCUUUUAAUUAUAGCAAAGUUACCUGUGUAUUUUUAGACAUGUUUUUUUCUUCAUGUCAUUCGUGAAGCAUUCAGAAAUGUGUGUGUUGGCUGAGCCUGUUACUUCAGUGAUGGAGAACUCCACUAGCGUGAGGCAAAUGUGACAGCCUUAGGUGUUCUGUAAUUCAGGAACUGUAUGGACAGUUGCACUUACUAUUUAUAAGAAUAGUAUCAAAGUUCUGUGCCUGUAUGGAUCAAAAUUUGUAAUUUGAGAUGAGGCACCGUGUUUGGGAAGCAGACAUACGGUUUAUUUUCACAUGUACUUGUCUACAGACUAUGCACUUUAAAAAGUAGAUGGAGCCAGUCCAAAGACCUGAGUCUGAAAACAGUGUUCUCAGCUUUCCUUGGCAAUAGGAGGGUCUGGGAGCCUAGCUUCAGCAUUUUACUUCUGAAUUCUUGAAGAGUGUUCAAUUCAAUUACAGUGGAAGUUGCUUCUAUGUCAUCUUAGAUUUUGGGGGGUGGGGGAAGGGUAAAAAUAGUAGGCUUAAUUUCCAUGUUUUCUUCUCUUACAAAUUAGUGUCUCAAGAUUUGUGUAACUUGCAUUUAUGUUAAAAAUAAAUAGCUACUGCUGUUUGACUUUCA